AUGGGAAACGCAACCAUUUCCCAAAUUCUUUUAAUAUUUCUUUUUACUCAAAUUUCGGCUGACAAUCCGUUUCCGGCGAAUAUCACCGAUUUCAAAGCGCUGAAUGCUUAUUUUGAGAAAUUUUUCUCAAGAAAAGAUACGGAAACGGUUGAAACAUGGACGAAAAAGUUGCCGACUAAAGCCGAGAUUCAAGAAGCUCACCAAUUAGUGCCAUUGCUUUACGGGAUCACCAAAAUCGAAGACUGUUCCUCAUCCCUGUUAGCUUCUUUUAAAGAGCUCCAAAAAUCGCUUCAGAUCUCGCCAUUCUUGAAUCGUUAUUGUGUCUUACAUGAAAAAUUCCCAACCACGUCGCCGAUGCGCUUUGCAAGAGCUUUUGGUUAUAUGGCUGUGGCGAUGCCCGAUUUCGUUCAGCGACAAAUCCAUCACUCGGCCGCUCAUUUUCAGUCGGAUGAUGAAGUCGAUCAACAAGCUGCUUACCUCUUUGAGAACACCGACAGUCGAUCACUGAUCGUUGCCGGUGCGAGUCGCUUCUGCAUACAGGGAACCUCACCAUCAGAGAGAAAUGGUUCCGCUUUCCCUGCUGGCACCAAUUCGACGUGUCAACCGGGGAACACAGUAAGCGAUGCAGCUCAUAACACAAAUCUCCUCUUUCAUCACUACAAUAUGGCUAUUCGAGAUGCAACUUUGACAAGAAAAGAGAGUCCAAUAUUCAUUCAAUGGCACGGAAUGGCAGCGGAGAGUUGCACGAAAACCGAUGCUUUUGUGAGCGCGGGAGCUUACUCUGGAGCUCCUGUCUACAACGAUAUCGGCACAAAUCCGAAUCGGAUCGUUACCGCAGUUCGUCUAAUAACAAAUGUUUUUAUUGCCGGCACUCCGAAAACCGAUCCUGAUUGCAAUUUGAUUGCAGAAACAAAUGUUUUCGGGAGAUAUAUUUAUGGAGUUCCAUUUGAAAGCCUCUGUCAAAAUGUUUCUCCUUACGAUAAACGAGAUGGUACUUUUAUUCAUAUUGAACAACAUAUCAACUCGCGAAAUGAUCUAGCCGAUUGGGCAAGGAUUCUCCCAGUGGCUUUUGGCAAUCAAAACACACUGGCUCGCAAUCUAGAUACCAACGAUCUG